GUCAGUCAGUUACUAAACUUUGUAUCAGCAAUACAACAAUUGAAACAAAAUGGUUGGCAAGUUCUUCGUUAUCCUUGCCUUAUUGGGUGCUGUAGCGGCGCACCACGCGUUCUCCUCCCAGCACGUGCACAAGUACGACGGUCACCACGAGCCCGUGUACCAUCACGGACACGGACACGAACACCAUGACUACUACACGUACCCGAAGUACGACUUCGAGUACAAGGUGGAUGACCCGCACACCGGCGACCACAAGUCGCAGCACGAGUCCCGCGACGGCGACGCAGUGCACGGCUACUACUCGCUGCAGCAGCCCGACGGCUCCCUCAGGGACGUGCACUACCACGGCGACGACCACUCCGGGUUCCACGCUGACGUGAAGUACAGCACCCAUCACGUCAUUUUCGUAUUCGCCGCCGCCGUCGCCCUCGCCAGCGCUCUUCCUCAACACCACGAGCACGGGCACGCCAUCUCAUCGCAGAGCAUCGUGCUGCACGCGUCGCAUGACCAGCACCACGCGCCUUCGCACCACCACCACAACGACCACCACCAGGAUCAACACCAUCAUCACCACGUCGACUACUAUGCUCAUCCUAAAUACGCAUACGAAUACAAAGUGGAGGACCCUCACACUGGCGACAAGAAGUACCAGCACGAGACCCGCGACGGUGACGUGGUGAAGGGCGUGUACAGCCUGCACGAGGCGGACGGUACCAUCAGGAUCGUCGAGUACACCGCUGACAAGCACAGCGGGUUCAACGCGGUGGUGAAGCACGAGGGUCACGCGCAGCACAUCCAGCCGGCACACCACCAGCAUAUAUUCGUUUUCGUUGCCUUAUUGGGUGCUGCAGCGGCGCACCACGCGUUCUCCUCCCAGCACGUGCAUAAGUACGACGGUCACCACGAGCCCGUGUACCAUCACGGACACGGACACGAACACCAUGACUACUACACGUACCCGAAGUACGACUUCGAGUACAAGGUGGAUGACCCGCACACCGGCGACCACAAGUCGCAGCACGAGUCCCGCGACGGCGACGUAGUGCACGGCUACUACUCGCUGCAGCAGCCCGACGGCUCGCUCAGGGACGUGCACUACCACGGCGACGACCACUCCGGUGAACCAAGCAGGGAAAACUUUAAGAUUUUCGUAAUUGCCGCCGCCGUCGCCCUCGCCAGCGCUCUUCCUCAACACCACGGACAUGGACAUGCCAUUUCAUCCCAGAGCAUCGUGCUGCACGCGUCGCAUGACCAGCACCACGCGCCUUCGCACCACCACCACAACGACCACCACCAGGACCAACACCAACAUCACCACGUUGACUACUAUGCUCAUCCCAAGUACGCGUACGAAUACAAAGUAGAGGACCCUCACACUGGCGACAAGAAGUACCAGCACGAGACCCGCGACGGCGAUGUGGUGAAGGGCGUGUACAGCCUGCACGAGGCCGACGGCACCAUCAGGAUCGUCGAGUACACCGCUGACAAGCACAGCGGGUUCAACGCGGUGGUGAAGCGCCAGGGUCACGCGCAGCACAUCCAGCCCGCACACCACCAGCAACAUCACUAG